AUGACGUAUGACGUAGAUUAUGACUGCAUUUUGAAGCGAAGUCCAAAUUUCUCAGAUUUGAAAAGCAAAAUCGCGAAAGAGUGGAUUAAGCAGCGCAGUCCGGUGAGGGAAUUGUUGUUGAUCGAUGCUUGGAAGAGAAAUGCAAAAGGCGUUGAGAGCCUACGGGGCAGUGCUGAGGCUGGUGAAGCGACUCCCUAAGGACACAAGGCCUUACUACGCCAAGUACGCCCGAGAGAACUUCGUCAACUACCGAGACUUCGACACCUCUGACCCCAAUUCUCUCCAAGAACUCUUCAACAGGACUUACACUCAUUCCCUCUGGGUCCUCCACAAGUAUUCUGUAGAUGAAGCGGCGGCGGACAAGCUGAAGGAGAUAUGUUGCGGUUGAUUAUUGCGCGUGCCCACCAAAUGUUUGGUGUUAUUCCUCAAAGAGGCUAGUUCUGAAUUUCUCAUCUUUUUUUUUCUUCUUCUUGUUUCUGCAAUUUUGAUCUUGAUGAAUUGGCCUGCGGCACGUACUUUGCGUAUUGGGUAGUGUUUGUUUUUGUUUUGUUUUUUUAUAGGUUUAUACUUUUGAAACGGCUCCCAAAUACCCAACAAUGUAGCUAAUAGAGUCCGUUGAUGUUCUUGGGGAUAAUUUGCCUUUAUUUACAUUGAAUGUGUUUUUGUUUGCCUUGAUUUCUAUGUUUUUGUUCCACAAUUA